UUUGGCUGAGGUUAUUGGAUCUGGUUUUUUAUUUUGGAUUGGUAGUGUUUGAUAGAAGUGGUUAUCUUGGAAUGAUUGUUGGUGGGUUUGUGAUAGAUCCAUGGGAGAAUUGUCGUGAUUGAAGGGAUUUGAUUACUUGGUCUGGUGUGACUAGUUUCUUUGUGUUUGUUGAUGAAUAUUGUUAUUUUUGAAGAGGAGGAUCGGCUUGUGAACUUUCCCAAUUCGCUUCUGGGUGUUCUCAGGCCCUUGGAUUUACUUGUUGAACGAAAGGUCUUUUCUUUUUGUAUCCCUAGAGAUAGAUGGGAUAAGGAAUUUUUCAAACUUCAGAGCGGAUAAUUACUACUAUCACCAUCAUCCAUCUAAUUUUCAAAGGUUGUGAUUGUAUAAUUUUGGUUUGGAAAUUGGAAUUUUUGGAAAAUGAGUUCCUCGCAAGGGUCCACAUUGUCUUCUAAUGUCGCUGAGCUGGUUGACGGUUCAUCUGCUCACAGGGACGUUUCUUUGCUUGAUGAUGUGCCUGUUUAUGUGAAGGAGCUCAUUGCUGGUGGAACUGCUGGAGCAUUUGCUAAGACUGUCAUCGCACCACUUGAAAGAACUAAAAUACUCUUACAGACAAGAACUGAAGGUUUCCAAUCUCUUGGAGUGUUUCAGUCCUUGAAGAAACUAUUAAAGCAUGAGGGAAUCCUUGGCUUUUAUAAGGGGAAUGGAGCCAGUGUUAUUCGGAUUGUUCCUUAUGCGGCCUUACAUUUCAUGACAUAUGAGCAAUAUCGUGUUUGGAUCUUGAAUAAUUGCCCUGCCCUUGGUACAGGGCCUGUGAUAGAUCUAUUAGCUGGUUCAGUGGCUGGAGGAACAGCUGUUUUAUGCACUUACCCUUUAGACCUGGCUCGUACUAAGCUUGCUUAUCAGGUUGUGGACACAAGAGGGGGUUUCAGGCGUGGCAUGAAAAGUAUAUGUGCUCAGCCUGCAUAUAAUGGCAUAAAAGAUGUACUUACAAGUGUCUACAAGGAAGGGGGAAUGCGUGCAUUGUAUCGAGGAAUAGGUCCAACCCUUACUGGAAUCCUGCCUUAUGCGGGUCUGAAGUUCUAUGUUUAUGAGGAACUUAAGAGACAUGUCCCUGAAGAGCACCAGUCCAUUGUGAUGCGUCUUUCAUGUGGAGCUAUUGCAGGGUUAUUUGGGCAGACAAUUACAUACCCAUUAGAUGUUGUUAGAAGACAGAUGCAGGUUGAGAAUUUACAACCUUUAAGUCAAGGUAAUGCAAGAUACAGGAACACAUUUGAAGGGCUUUCUACUAUAGUCCGCAAUCAAGGAUGGAAACAGUUAUUUGCUGGGCUGAGCAUUAAUUAUAUCAAGAUCGUUCCUUCUGUGGCAAUUGGCUUCGCUGCAUAUGACACGAUGAAGGUUUGGCUUCGGAUUCCACCUCGACAGAAAUCUCAAUCAAUAUCUCCAGGAUAAAUCUCAAGCUGACUAAGUUUCCAUUACAACUAUACAGUGCUCAACUAGUAAUUUUUCGUUGUUGUGAGACUUUAAGAUAAGUUUGGACAUUGGAUGCACAUAUAUAAGGUUUUCUAUGCGUGGUGCAUUUGAUUUUCAAGAUGAUUGUUAAGCCCAAUUUGGACUGAAAUCAUUACUGGAAUCAAAAUUAGGUGACACUGCUGUCUUGAAGUCUUUAUAAAAUGUGCUCGUUUUAUGUUGCUGCAA